CAUCUCCCUGCCUUCGCUUCGUCUUGUCCUUCGAUUUUGAGUAAUACAAUUACAGCAAAAACAAUGAGCAAUUGUCCUCAGUUACGAGUGGAAUGUAUUGUAAAACUUGGUGGGAGUGCCGUCACUGUGAAAGACCGAUUAGAAACGGAAAAACUUGAUGAAAUCAGGAAGAUUGCUGAGUUUCUAAACGUAAAAUCACAACAACAGCAGCAGACGGCGGUACACAGCGACAACAAUGAAGAACGCCAUCAAAACAAACCGUGCAUUUUGGUUCAUGGCGCUGGGUCAUUCGGCCAUUUCCAGGCUAAGGAAUAUGGUGUGGCAGAUGGUUACCAUAGCAACAUGGAUGAUGAGCAGAUCAGGAAAGUCAAGGAAGGCUUUUGCAAAACGAGAAUAUCUGUUACAAAAUUAAAUCACAUCAUUGUAACGGAGCUGAAUGCACACGGUGUCAACGCAGUUGGAAUAUCACCAUGCGGUGGAUGGGAAACAGACGACAGGCGAGUGGUGAAAUCGGACAUUGUGUCUAUCCAAAACCUAUUGGCUGCAGGGUACCUCCCUGUACUGCAUGGAGACUGUGUACUGGAUAGACAGAGAGGCUGUACAAUACUCAGUGGGGAUACGAUCAUUGAGACGCUAUGUUCAGAAUUCAACCCUAAACGAGUAAUUUUUCUUGCCGACGUGGAUGGAAUUUAUGACAUGCCACCAUCGGAUCCUAAAUCUAGCACACUGCCUGUUGUCACGGUAACUGAAGAUGGCAGCAUCACCGCUGCCAUAGCAACCUCCUGCCUAGAGCAUGACGUCACCGGUGGCAUCCGGAAGAAAUUAAAGUCAGCGACUUCAAUCGUGACGGAGAGCAAAGGAGCGACGAAGGUUUUUGUGUGUAGGAUCAAUGCUGUGGGAGCUUACAACGCUUAUAUGCAAGGAAAUCUAUUAGGAGAACUCGGAACGGAAAUUCGGUUCCAGGACUCAGUUUCCUAAACUUAAGUAGUUUUUUUUCCAAUAUCGGAUUUGAGGCAAAUAUGGUGAGGUAUCAAUGUAUUUGGUUUGCGGUAAUGCUAUGUUUAUAUCUAUAUUCUGGGAGAGAACUUGUCUUCCUUUAUAUUCUACUACUCAGAGUAGAUUUUACUAAACAUUUAAAAAUGGUGCAAUUUUAAUAUACUGCUUUUAAGAAUUUCUAAAUGUUUUGGGGUUUUUUUUAAUGAUAAUUUUUUUACAACAGGCCUGGAAUUACACAGAGACCACGGCCUCUGCUGCCCCCAGUGUUUGCCUUGGUGCCCCUCAAAAAGUUCACAAUAGAUAGUCAGACUGUCCAACGCAAGAAAUAUGAAAUGGAAAUUGAAAUACAGCACAGCACACAUCAUUAAAGACACUGGACUCGUUUGGUAAU